CGAGCUCGGUCCAGGGUUCCAGGCUCCCCAUUGACAGCCGCGGCAGGAAGCAGCGGGUUCUGCCAGGGCGCUAAGGCCUCCUGUUCUCGGAGGGGACAACACUGGACACUGUCCCACGUAACUCCCAUCUCUGGGUCCCGAGUCUGUGCAUGGAGAAGUCCCCGGAGAACUCUACCCUGGAGGAGAUUCUGGGGCAAUACCAACGGAGUCUCCGGGAACGCGCACACAGAAGCAUUCAGCAGCUGAAAUGUGCCCUGAGAGAAGGCGAUGUCCCUGUUGGAGAAGGUGCACCGGAGCCCUCCUGCAGCCCCAGCGUGGGAGGUGAGGACACCGGGGCUGCCUGGCACGAGCUACAGCACAGCCAUGCCGUUAAUCAACUCAAAGCUUUGUUGUACCAACAAGCGGUUAAGGAGAGUGAGGUAUCUCCAUCAAGAAGACGAAAAAUGUCCCCUUUGGGGUCAUCAGAAUAUGAGGAAACCAAUAUGCCUACUGUUCAUAAUCUUGUCCCUAUCAUCAAUGAUCAGUCCCAAUACAUUCAUCAUUUAGAGGCAGAAGUCAAGUUCUGCAAGGAGGAGCUCUCCGGAAUGAAAAACAGGGUCCAGGUAGUUGUGCUUGACAAUGAACGGCUCCAACAGGAGUUGAAAGCUCACAGACAAGAGGAAGCAAUGAGGGAACAAACCCUUCCGGAUGCAUCUGGAAACGUGCAGCAUUCUUGGAUUACAGCAGGUGAAGAUUCUGGGGUGCAGGAUUCUGCCAAGAAAUCAUAUUCCCAUGGCAAUGCAGAUAUUAUCACAGCUUCGUCUGCUGGUGAGGCUGAGAAAUGGAAGCUGGAACUGGAGAAGCUGAAACUUACUUAUGAGGACAAGUGUGAAAUCCUAGAAUCUCAACUGAGUGUUUUGAGGAAAGACUUAGCUGAGUAUCAGAAAAACUGUGAAGACCUUAAACAGCGUCUAAAGCACAAAGAGUCUCUCCUGGCUGCUGAUACUUCUAACCGAGUUGGUGGUCUCUGUUUGAAAUGUGCUCAGCACGAAGCUGUUCUUUCCCAAACCCAUAAUAAUGUUCACAUGCAGACCAUUGAAAGACUGACUAAGGAGAGAGAUGACUUCAUGUCGGCGCUGGUGUCCGCACGGGCCAGCGUGGCGGGCGCGCAGCGGAGGGAGGCCAGCGCCUACGAGCAGGUGAAGCGGGCCGUGCAGAUGACGGAGGAAGCCAGCCUGGAGAAAACCAAGGCUCUGAUCCAGUGUGAGCAGCUCAGGAGCGAGCUGGAGCGGCAGGCGGAGCGGCUGGACAAGGAGCUGGCGGCCCAGCAGGAGAGAAGGGCCUUGGACAGGGAGGCGAUGAGGCGAGAACUAAGCAAAGAAAAGGAGGACCUGACUUCCAAGAUGUUGGCUCUGUCUCAGAACAUUGCCCAACUGGAGGGCCAGGUGGAAAGGGUUACAAGAGAGAAGAUUUCAGCCGUUAACCAACUAGAAGAAGUUCAAAACCAGCUUGCUUCCCGGGAAAUGGAUGUCACAAAGGUGUGUGGGGAAAUGCGCUAUCAACUGAAUAAAACCAAAAUGGAGAAGGACGAGGCAGAAAAGGAGCACAGAGAGUACAGGACAAAAACUAAAAGGGAUCUUGAAAUUAAAGAUCAGGAAAUAGAGAAACUGACAUUAGAACUGAGGGGGAGCGAGCAGCGCUUGGAACAGGAGCAGCAGAAGGCAGCCGGGGCCAGAGACGAGCUCCUGAAACUGACAGAGCGGCUGGGCGAAGCUGAGCACCAACUGCACCUCACCAGACUGGAAAAAGAGAGCACUCAGCAGACCUUCAGCAGCGAAGCAAAGGCCCAAGCCCUUCAGGCCCAGCAAAGAGAGCAGGAGCUGACACAGAAGAUGGAGCAAAUGGAGGCCCAGCACGACAGAGCUGAGAGUGAACAGUACUCAUUGCUGACCUCCCAGAAUACAUUUUUGACAAAGUUGAAGGAAGAGUGCUGCACGUUAGCCAAGAAGCUGGAGCAAAUCUCUCAGAAGAGCAGAUCUGAAAUAGCUCAGCUCAGUCAAGAAAAAAGGUACACAUAUGAAAAACUGAAAAAGUUACAGAGAAGAAAUGAGGAAUUAGAGGAACAGUGUGUCCAGCAUGGGAGACUACAUGAGAUAAUGAAGCAAAGGUUGUUCUUACACUACACAGAGAGGAGGGCGCACCCCCUCAACUAUUCUCUGAAGACGUAGAUCUAAUAUAGGACACUGUAGGAAAACUAUCCACCUUUAAGAUUUUCAUUG